AUGAACAGCAAAAAUCGUCGAUCAUCAAUUCUGAAGACGCGACAGCAACUGGAUCCUCUUGACGAAACGACGAACGGAAACGGAGCGCCCGGAUUUUCCGUGACCACAAUUGCGCGUGACCGACGCGUCAGUUUUUUGAACACAAAACAAGUCCAGUGGGUUUUAUUUAUAGAAAGGUCAAGCUGUAAUAGAGAAAUUCAGGCAAUACGACCGAGAUCACGGUAGACUUUAUGACGAGAGUCCCCUGAAAGAGAAGAUUUCCACGUCGAUAAAUUCGGACGGAGUUCUAACGCAAGUUAUUUGAAUACAGUUAUCAACUCGCAGCCUUUUCACACUAAACAUUUCAGGCCCGGAAGGAACACGUCUGAAACAACCACAGAGAAACAUCCUCGAUUAUUUGGAAACGGCCUAAUCUUGAACGGCACUGCCGAUAUGUCGCUGGAGACGGUGAAGGAGAACGAUCCGAACGAAACGAUGCAGAUGUUUAACCUCACCACAGUGGAAACUGUACAAAUGACAAGGACGACUGUCACUGAGCAAGUAGUUGAGCGGCACGCGGUCCCACAGCACAGAAAUCUCGCAGAAGAGACGAUGGACAUGUUCAACACGACUGAUUACGAGACGAGGGAUAUGUCUGUCGAUCAGAGCAGACUGUUCGCAGUUCCGCAGCUCCCGGCGCGCACGGCUAAUGCUCAAGCCAACGAUACGGUAAGAAAUAAUCUAUUCAUCGGAAACUUGAAUCGCUUCUAUUCAGAUGAGCAUUUUCAACGUUUCGACUACUUCUAACUACGAAAUGGACAUUUCGAUGUUUCCGAACAACGGACAAGGCGCGGUUCCCUCUGUCAUUCCCGCUUUUCCUGCCGAGGACAACAGCGGAGAAGUGGACAUGGAGAUGACACUCGAACAGCAGAAAUUGGCGGAUGCAUCGGUUCACAUGGACGAGCCGAUGGACAUCACUGCGACACCAACGAGAAUCGCCAACAAGUCCGUGCCGGCAGUCCGACCAAGUCCGGCUCCGGCGGCAGCUGCCAAUGUAUUAGGAAAUGCGAACGAUACGGUAUUGAAAAAACAAAACAAAUAAUUGAAUUCAACCAAAAUAUUUUUUCCAGAUGAGCAUAUUCAAUAUUACGAAUUCCAUUCCCCAAGACAUGGAUAUUACCAAUAUUCAGAACUUUACGCGUGCCAGCAUGGACAUAUCGGCUGCUCCGAUCCCUGCAGCCAGCGAAACGAUGAGAAUGUUCCACGUAAUGAGUCCAGGCCGCCCAGCUGCUGCGAACGACGAAGAUAUGGAAAUGGAUAUCACGCAGCCGCCCGAGACACCUCUUCGUGUCGCUCCGAAGGCCAACCAGACGGUAACCCAAAAUAGCCAGUUAAAUUUUGAUUAUGGUUUUUUGCAGCCGAAGUUGUUGAAUAAGACGAGUGCGGCGCCACAUGACAUGGAUAUCUCGAAUGUCUAUAAUCCGGAUAUCAGUGUGCAGCAACCGGAAACUCCAAAGCCAGCUACGAUCCCAGAACAGAGUUCAGCUCAAUUGGAAAGCGUCUUGGAAGGGAAGGAGGAGGGACGAAAUAUGCUGCAGAGCUCGAUGAUGAUGGACUUAUCGAGCAUUCACGACUUCUCUUACCGAUCACUGCAAUCGGUGGCAAAUCAGUCGGCAGAGCGGACGUCUCCUGCAGAACCUGAAGACGAGGAAACUACCAUGCACUAUGAGGACGAAGAGCACAAGCAACAGAAGACUAUGGAAGUUAAGUCACAGAAAAGCAUCCACGAGGAUUCUGUGAACGAGUCGAUGACAACGAUCACUCAGAAGAGCAUUCUUGAAAGAACGCACAGCGAAACGAUCGAAAACAUUUCGCAGAAGAGCCAUCUCGGAUUGUCGUUCCCGAGCUCUGCUCAUAGCCGUCGCCGUUCUUUGCUCAACGAGUCGACGCGCUUCGAAUCUCCUCGUCGGGUGGCUCUUGAGAACUCGAUGAUAACCAACAUGACUGCCAUCAGCGAGCGUCGCGGUCGCAAAUCGCUCCAAUUGAAUCAGCAGUCUGUUCUGAACUCUUCAGUCAUGAAUGAUACCGUCAAGUCAUUGUCCGGAAGAGAUAUAUUCGCAAUGGUACGUUUUCCCUGGUUCUUACCAUUUCACCUUCAAGUUCUAUCUUCCAGAAUACAUCUCUUCGCUCGCCGCUGACUCCACGUGCUGCGUCUGCCGCUUCUGUCAAUGCUAGUUCGGCCCCGCCCACUCCAGAAGUGCCAUACCAGAUGCCCAAUUUUGAUCCAGCAGUCACUAACAUUAUUUGGCUGACUCCUGAUGAAAAUGAAAAAAUUCCUCCAGAAGCUGCCAAAUUGGAUAGACUCAUUGCCACGGAGAAGACGAAAACGGAAGAGAACAUUUUGUCGCUCGAGCAAAAUGUCGGCGCCGAGAAGAUGCGAAUUCUGAGAAGCGGAGUCUGGUCGCAACUGAGUCACGAUGAGAAGGACGUGGUGCGCGUCGCGAGACAGAAGUCAGAGAUGCGAUUCCUGAAUCUGAGAUACUCGUUCGCCAGUGACUGUCACCGUUCGUACGAUCAGCAAGUGAGCAAACUCGAGACGGAAAAUGCGAGAAUUGCCGAACAACUGGCUGAGGCCGAGAGUGUGGAGGAGGCGAGGCGGGAACUCGAGGAGCUGAAAAACCGACCGACGCUCGCAGACUAUCAGAAGGUGGAGUCGGAAUUCAAGGAGGCGAAGAAGAUGGCAUUCGAGUGCCAGCUGGCCGCAGUUCGUCAGAUUUCCGAGGAAUUACUCGAAAUGAGGAAAACGAAGACGGCUCUGGAGACGGAUAUCGAGGAAAAGAAGGAAAAACUGGCCCGGAUGGGCGAUCUCGAGACGAAGAAAAUGAAGGAGAUGGAGGCGAAACUCGAAGAAAUUAUGCAGGCCGCCAUUAAUAGCAUUUGA